AUGAAUGCCAAUAGCUAUCCAGUCAUUGUUGCACCACUCGACUUUGUCUCGAACUCGACCGUGCCUACGUCAUACUACGAAUCUGAGAAUUGCUUUCCCAAGGAACGUCUUCAUUGGAACGUCACCGAUCUGCGAAGAGACAUUUUCAAUGGUUCAUUUGAGUACCUGAGCAAGAAGGACUGCCUCGAUGCAUACGCCACAAGCUAUAUCUCUGACCGCCGCAGCUUGGUUCUUGUGACAAAGGAAAUGUUGACUAACGAUGGGAUACUGUUGGCUGGAUAUGGCUAUGCAGGGGGCAUACCAGAAAUGGACCCAUCGAGAAAUCUCAGCCAAGAUUGGUCUGCCAUCACAGACAACCAAGCCUAUAUGGACCGCCACCUUGGAUUCGAUUGGAUAUGCUACGCACAUUCAGCUAACGGCGGCGGGCUAUCGUCUUGCUCGAGUGGCUAUGUCGAAAGCCUUGAAAGCUGGAAUGUGACAGCCAACCAAUGGGCCCGGCUCACAACGGUAGAACUCAAAGAUACCUGGUCUAAUAUCACGGUCGACAAGCUGGAGACCAGAAGUGGCUAUAUAGAGAGCCUUGAGCGAACUCUCAAUUCCUCCAACAUCGAUUGGACCCACAAUGAAAUAGAGGAUUUCAUAUCCUUGAUCGCAACAAACCCCCCAACAGAGCAGGCAUGGGCAUAUCUGAACCACACCUCUUGGCUAAAGUCCGUUGAAAAUGGUGCAGAGGCCUGGAGCGCUUGUCCACAGGCUAGUACUAUGUUUUAUACCGGACAUGAAGUUACCGUCGAUCACUGCCUCAGCCAGAAGACAGGGGAGGCGUGCGGCCUCUUUUACCAGGUGCCUAUUGCAUUCACCAUCAUUAUCUGCUCUUUGGUCAAAGUGGCAUGCAUGUGGAUUCUACUACGCACUGACCGUUUCGACUUGUUCCUCACCAUCGGCGACGCGAUUUCAUCAUUUCUCCAGUGCUCGGAUCUAACCACCAAAGGCUGGUGCACUCUCUCUUCUGACGCCGUGUCGUCAGACAACGACUGUCCAUGGAGCCACAAAAGCAAUACCAUUGAGAAGGAAGGGUUUGUUUCGGAAGAACCCCACCCUGGAGUUCUUCACACAUCACGCAAAACCGCGUUACAACCCACCAGUGGAAGGGAUCCUCCCCCAGAGCCCAAAAUCUGGAGGCAAGGAACCAGUGGCAGGAUUUGGGCCAUGACAUGGCUUGCAUUGAUUGUGUACAUUGUCAUAAGUGUUCUUUUCCCCGGCCUUGCCGUCAAAAAUGCACUCGGAGACGAUUAUGAAUACGGCAAUCCACUGGUUGCCAUUUGGCAGAUCAAAGGAUGGGGUGCUAUCGAAUCGACGGCUCUUCUCUCGAGUUACGUGGGAUCAUUUGUAGGCUCGGUCUUGGUUUCCAACACGCCUCAGCUCGCAGUUUCAUUUCUUUAUUACUGUUUGAAUGACAGCCUCACAAGGUGUCUCAUUGCAGCAGACUAUAACAUGUUUGCUGUCUGUCGUCGCCCUCUCAGAGUAUCUUUCCCACGAGGCAAACAGCAUUCAACGCUCUACCUGACCAUUCCAUAUGAAUAUGCGAUUCCGCUUCUGGUCGGCUUCACACUCAUUCACUGGAUCGUUUCUGAAGGCUUGUUUUAUGUUCAAGUUUUGCCUUAUGAUAUGAACGCCAAUCCCGUGCCAUCUCAAAUAUUGGUCACAUGCGGCGUGUCAACCGUCCCACUUGUGGUUGGAAUUUUGCUCGCCGUCUUCAAAUUCCUUUGUGUUGCUGUCAUAAGCUUCAGAAAGUUUCAGGAUUCCAAAAUGCCUCUCGCGCUUGGGAUGAGUGUUGUCGUCAGUGCGGCUUGUCAUCCGCCCAGCGAUGACUUGGAUGCUGCAUAUAAGCCUGUUCAAUGGGGAGUCGUUGAAGCGGACCCAGAUGCACCAUUUUUGCAUUGCACAUUCACGUCUCAGAAUGUGAUGGAGCCUGAGGAAGGUGUUCAUUAUGCUUAG